UAAUUGCAAGACAUGAAUGAAAAGAGACUCAUUAUGAUGCACGGUUUGCCACAUUAUGUCUGUGCUAAUGUUCAAUUGAUCAAAGAUCCUAUCUUUCAAGUUGCACAUCAAAUAUAGAGUUUUGUUAUUGGCUGUAUUGCGAAGCUCUGCAAAAUGAAUGCCAUAAUUGGAAGGCCAAGCUUUUAUAUGCUCAGAACGUCCAUUCAGCACCAAGGACAGGGAUGACAUAAGAAUUAGAAUUUUUUGUUCAUUUAUUGAAUAAAAGAUGUAAUGAAACAAAUGAUACAUUCUUAAUGUGUACUUACCAUUAGGGAUCUGUACUCACUGAACUAUGUCUUGACAUUCUGUUCAGCACCAAGGACAGGGCCAGCCAUUGCCUUUGGAUUUUUUCUGUUCAGAUACUCAGUUGUAAAAUGGCUUUUGAAACAGAUGCAAACUGAACAAUGAUCAGAUGUUUUUAUGAUCUUAAUAGGUCUUGCGAAUAUUUGUGGGUACGUGUGCUGUUAAGUCACAGUUUUCUUCUUCACUUUCAGCCCACAAAAGCCUUCAGCAAGGAAGCAGAGUACGCUCCCCCGGUCCCCCCUCUCCCUGUCCCCUCAGACUUGUGGGCAGACAAGAAGAGAGAAGAGAAAGCCCCUCUUCAAAAUGGCCCCACAUCGUCCUAUCCCCCUCAAGAAACGAAAAUUACAUCCAAGUCCCUCAAUUUGGAGCUUUCGAGCACCAACAAGAUGUCUGACACCUUCACCAGUAUCUCAAGUAUGUCUACAUCCAGUCUACGGGACACUGUCUUCACCGACAGCAUCCGGGCCCCCUCUCCUGUUACAAGGAGAAAAAGAGGAAUGUCAGGAAAAAUCAUCCGGGAGGACAGCGAAGUCCUUCUCACGUGUCCCUUCGGAAAGCUGACAUCAUCGCAGGAAGUGGAGUGGUAUGUCACAAGGAAGGGCGAGUCGGAGCGGACGCUAGUGUACCAGGUACAGGGGACCGCCAUGAGAGUGUCGGUGGGAGAUUACAGGGGGAGGACUGCAGUAGAGGGAGAGGCUUCCUUGAGGAUCAACCCGGUGAAGCUGAGCGAUGCUGGGGUGUACUGGUGUGUUCUGAAGAGUGGAGGGGUGGAGCUGGAUGAAGACUCCAUCAGGGUGACUGUGCUCGCUGGCGGGAGGCGCCGCAGGAGUGCACCUCCAGGGGUGUUCUCCAGUCCCACCUCCAGCCCUGCUGUCUCUCCUGAACGGAAGUCUGGUGACCUAGAGAAUGCAUUCAGCAAGGUCAGAGGUCGAUCUGGGUCACCUGCCACAUCUAGAACAAGCAGUAGGCCUGGCUCAAGCAGUUCUCUCCACAGUAGUCGUUCCUUACCAGGGUCAACACCAGACUUCAGACAUUCAUCGUCUUCAUCGCCAAAGAGAUCACCUAGUCCAUCUGUAGCAGCCACUCGGAGAGCUUUCGAGAGAAAAGUAAUGGCAGCAGGACCCGGCCUCAGGACUCCCUCUCCCUCCGCCUCCCCUGCACGGUUCACCCCACCCCCGGGAAGGACCCAGUCCCCCUCCCCCACAAGAUCCAGCCCCACCCCAGGAAGGGGGAGGGCACACAGCCCUGGUGGCGGCAUCGCUGUUCGAAGAAUCCCCAGUCCGGGGGGCAGCAGUUUUGUGGUAACAGCAGCACAACCAUACUCACCCAGGAGGGCCUCCUGGUCACCUAUGUCUUCACAAGAACUCAAUAAGACAAGUCCUAGAGAUGGCCCACAACCACUCCCCACCCCUCCACCUGAUGCAAGAAAGCAGCUACGGCCUCUACGGGUGCCUGCCGACAACUACUCUGACGCCAUCGAGGGACACACGGCGCUUCUUCGCCUCAGCAUCGUGGCCUCUAAAACCCCGCUCACGGAAGUGGAGUGGAGUAAGGAGAAGAAGUGGCGGGGCCGCACGCUCGUUUACGAGAGGAAGGGGCCGUCGCGGGUAACUAGCUCCUCCCAGUCUGGUGUGCCCAGUCACUCUCCUGCACUUGUGACCCUGCGGGUUGCCCAUGGAAACUUCAGAGGCAGGGCUUUUAUUGACAGUGAUUUUGAGCCCCACCUGCGUAUCCAGCCGUGUAAGUUUGGUGACACGGGCAUGUACUGGUGCAAGGUGACCUCUCAGGGACGGGUCACCCUGGAGGAGAAUGUACACCUUACGGUGGACAAGGAGGGCUCACCAAGGUCUCCAAGACAAACAUCCCCAGGCAGACAGAAAGCGGGUGGCUCUCCGAGGAGCGGGAUGUCAUCAGCCCGUAGCGAGUCCAGUCUGGUGGAUGCAGCAAGACUACAGUUUGAGCAGCUGGCCAAGUCUAGCUCAGAGACAAAACUCAACACAAGUACAGGCUUUGGUACUCCAACCAGUAUGAAGAGAGAUUCCUAUGUCAAAUAUCAGCAAGCCUUGAUGAAGAAGGAGAAGGAAGAAAACAUGCAGAACUCCAAGGAUGAGGACUCCAGUAGUGACAGCAGUAGUGAGAGCUCCGGUGCCUCUGACUCCACCCCCGACACAGUGGUAGCUGCCAACGGACCUGUCAACGCUUUCAGGGAGGACUCAGGAUAUGACAGCACCCAAACAUCAAGUACUUCAGGGUUACUCACAACAAUCACACAGCUGAAAAGACAGUGUAUCAAGGGCCUUGGGAUUGAGAUGCUGAUGAAAGCCUACUCCAUCAUCGAUUCUGGGGAGGAUCUAGAGGUAAAGAACCAGUUGGUGAACCUGAUGGGCAGGGCCAGGUUUGAGCUGUACGCAGACAAGGUGUGGCAGCUGCGCUUUCUGGAGAAGUCCCAGCUCAACACCGAGGCAAACUCCGACACCAUCCCACUAUAAUCUAACAACACUGGCUACCGAAAAACCACUCCCAUAGCCUCAUUCACCCCUGGUGUACAAAAGCAUAUUGAAAUAGUAGACAUGCAAAUGAAAAGGUAGAGAUAGCACAAUUUGACAUGCAGCCUCUCAAUGGUUGAAUUUGGAUAUACAGUUAGUAUCUAUCUACUGUAUUAUACACACAGAAUGACUACAAGUUCACUGAAUAUGGCAAAGUUAAGUUGUGCAUAGAAGCCAUCAAAAUUAGAGAACAAGGCGUUCAAAUUUAUGGCAUGAUAGUAUCCUUCUUACAGAGUAGUGUAACUGUAAGACUCUUUACCUGAUUAAAUACAGCUUUGGAAGUAUGAUAGAGUAAGCUUCAGUGAUAGACAAUUGCCAAUCUUACCUUUUGAACAAGAUUAGUUAUUGAAAGAAUGAAAGUCACUUCUUGCCUAUUUCUGGCUACUAUAUAGAGUUGGUUGCAGUGUUUGUUAUAUGGAAGGUUGUAUUUCGCUAUACUUGCUGUCUUUUUUUUCCAUAUAAACAAGUGAAGUCUUCAGUGUUAUAUUGUGGCUGUUUGUAUUUGUGGAAUGGAAAUAGCAUUUCUCAAUUAUCUGAAAUAACUUGAUAAUGUAUCAUAUAUGUUCUGAUUUUUCAUUUCUUGAUGUUGGAUCCAUUUGUAAACUUGUAUUAAAGGCAACAAUCAACCAAAGGUAACAUAGUAGCUAGUACAUUUAGACAUGUGCUUAUGUUGUAUGUGAGAUUUUAAUUUACUGAGUGCCGCCCUUAACUGAGACUUGUUGCUGUGUUUUUAAAAGAAAGAUUUGUAUAUUUUGCAGUGAGAUUUUCUAUUUUUGUACUCUUUGAUGUAUUGAGAAAAUAAAGAGGUGUGGUUUACAUG